GUAAGUUUCAUACUCUUGUCUGUCAUCUCACCAUGGCCCCGAAACGCCCCAAUUUUCUCGUGGUUGUCGCCGAUGACCUGGGCUUCUCCGACAUAGGCUGCUAUGGAGGAGAGAUCCGUACGCCUAACCUUAACCGCCUGGCCCAGGAAGGCGUCCGGUUCACAGACUUUCAUGCUGCUGCUGCAUGCUCUCCCACCCGCGCCAUGAUCAUGACGGGAACCGACCACCACAUUGCCGGCCUGGGAAACCUGGUUGAAUGGACCAACAUCUCCGGGCAGAACGGCCCCAAGGGUGCUCAGAUGAGUACUGCCCCUCAGCGUGGCAUGCCCGGCUAUGAGGGCUACCUCAACGAGCGCGUCGUUGCCCUACCUGAAGUCCUCCGUGACGCCGGCUACCACACGCUCAUGUCGGGCAAAUGGCAUCUAGGCCUGACUCCAGAGCGCUCCCCCUACCGCCGGGGCUUUGACCGUUCUCUCGCUCACCUCCCUGCCUGCUCCAACCACUACGCAUACGAGCCCCAGCUCCAAGGCACCGACGAAACCCCCACCUUCCUCGAAGCCAGCUACAUCGCUCUACACAUGGAAGACGACAAAUACGUCAAGAAGCUCCCCGAUGACUGGUACUCCUCCGACGGCUACGGCGAUAAAAUGCGUGAAUACCUUCAAGACUGGCAUGACCGUGGCGAUGACCGUCCCUUCUUCGCCUACCUCCCAUUCACAGCUCCACACUGGCCUCUCCAAGCCCCCCGCGAGUACAUCGACCACUACCGCGGCGUCUACGACGAUGGUCCCGACGCUCUCCGCCUCAAGCGCCUCGAACGCCUCAAAGCCCUCGGCAUGAUCAGUCCGGACGUUGAAGCCCACCCCGUCGUCGCCGACGAAGACGAAUCCAAACCCUGGGAUCAAUUUACCCCGGAGGAAAAGAAACUCUCCUGCACCGCCAUGGAGGUUUUCGCUGGCAUGGUUGAAUGCAUCGACUCCAACGUCGGCAAAGUCGUCGACUACCUUGCCUCCAUUGACGAACUCGACAACACCUUCGUCUGUUUCAUGUCCGACAACGGCGCUGAAGGCGCCGCCUACGAAGCCUACCCCAUGGUCCAAAGUGGCGUCAUGCCCCACCUACAAAAAUACUACGACAACUCUCUUGAAAACCUUGGCAACUACAAUUCCUUCAUCUGGUACGGUCCUCGUUGGGCCCAAGCUGCCACCGCCCCAUCCCGACUCUACAAAGCCUACACCACCGAAGGCGGCGUCCGCGUGCCUUUCCUUGCCCGCUUUCCCACCUCCAUCACCACCGACUCUCACGUCAAAUCCGGCUCCAUCACAGACCAAUUCGCCACCGUCAUGGACCUAGCCCCAUCCAUCCUCGACAUGGCCGGCAUUUCCCACCCCGCUCCGUCCUACCAGGGGCGUGAGAUCGUCCCCAUGCGCGGUAAAUCCUUCUACCCCUGGGCUGCGGGCACUAAUCCCCGUAUCCACGAAAAAGAUUUCAUCCAAGGCUGGGAAACCUGCGGCAGGGCCGCUCUACGUUUCGCCGACUGGAAGAUCGUAUAUAUUCCCAAGCCGAAGGGCCCGGAGCGCUGGCAACUGUAUAACCUGGCCAAGGACCCCGGGGAGAUUCAUGACCUGGCGGAGCAGGAACCGGAGAGGUUAAAGCAGUUGCUCAAACUCUGGGAUCAAUAUGUAAUUGAGACAGGGGUUAUUCCGCUGAAUCCAGAUCUAGGGGAGUUCUUGGAGGCUACUGAGGCGCAGAUGCCGGAGAACGCCUGGAUGGAAUUUGAUUAUUGGAAGAAUGGGGCGAGAGAUGCGCCGGAGAAGUUUACGAGGAAGCCACCGCGGUUUCAGAGGGCUGUGAAGCAGUUCUAAUUCACUUGUGUUUUUGAUUAGCGCGUUUGAUUUUGAACUGCGUGAUAUGGCUGGCCAUAAGACGAGUUGGAUUGAGGAAUUAAGUAAAUGCAUCUGAUUAUCAAUUACCACCAACUUCAUAUACUUCGUGUGUUGUUCCGAGAUUUAGAUUCAACAGAUAUAGAAAGAAGACAGAAAGAGAGGCAU